UAUCGAAUUUUUCUAGCCACGCUGUAAAAAAAAAAGUUGACAUAAAUAUAUUAAUAUUAUUAUAAUAUAGUGAAUAUGUAGAAAAAAAAAAAAAUUGGAAAAUUAAAAUAUUUCGUGAAAUUUAUUUAUAAAACGAUCAUUUUCAAGUUCAUUGGUUAUCGUGUAAAAUUAAUUAUUUGUUAUUAGGUUAUGUUUAGAAAUCUUUUAAUUUAAAAACAAAAAAUUAGAAUAUAUAUCUUUGAAAAACGAGACAAACACAUGAUAUUGAAGAAUCUGGAAACAUGUCUAGUGAUAAUAUUAAUAUAAAGGUAGAAAUUGUAGAUUAUGAAUGUAAUCAAGCAGAGAAUUGUAAUGAUAUCACAUUACUAGCACGUAAAAUAAGAGAAAAGGAAGCAUUUUCUCAGGAGGAUUUAAAUCAAUUACGUAAUUUAAAAGUAAAAUUAAUACAUGAAGUUCCACCGCAACAUAAGGUCGAAAUACGUUCAGGAACUCAUGUACCUUCACGUGAAGAAUUGGAACAGUUUAUGGCAUUAGCACCGUUAAAAAAAGGUUCCUUUUCGCCAGAUGAGGAUGAUAAAAUUGUUCAUAAUUGGAAAAAAUUUUGUAAGUUACACAAUUGGAGUAAACGUAAAUAUAGAGCAUUUUUAAGUCUGAGAGAUGGCGAUGGCAAGAAGUAUACUUGUAAGAAGAAAGAAACAAAAAAAUUUGCACAGUUUUUAGCAAAUGGUUUACCAAAUCGCACAUUGUAUAGCGUAUACCAUAGAUUUAAAAUUUUAUAUAGCUCACAUUUAAAUAGAAGAUAUACACAAGAAGAGGAUAUUAUGAUAUUAAAUCAUAUCGAUCACAAUCCAUUCCUCGAUGAAAAACGGAAGUUUGUUGAUUUAGCAAAGGUUUUAAAUAGAAGUAGAGCGUCUGUUUGGCGACGUUACCGAUUGUUAAAAAGAAGCAAAAAUUCGAAGAUGAAAAAAUGAAUUUGAUAAAAUAUUAAUGAUAUAUGUUUAAUUUUUUAAACUUAAAAUAAAACUCUUAUGAAAUAAUAUCACGUAUUGAAUAUUUUCAAAGACAUAAAUAAAUAAUAUUUCAACACUUUCGUGAAAAAAGUGUAUCUGUUUUUUUAUUUGUAGUAUCAAAUAUUUUCUUUCAAAUAAUAUACAUUGUAUAUACUUUUGAACCUAACAAUCACAAUUAUAUGUAUCUGUCUUUUUAACAGAUAAAUUUAUUUCGUUAAGUCUAAUCUUUUUUAAAGUAUUUUUUUAUAGAAAAACAAUACUAUAUAUUUUAAAAUGAAUAUGUCCUACUCUCUUA